AUGGAUUCCGAGGAGGUUCCUCCUCCUCCGCCAUACUCCGCGGUCGAUCCAAUGAUCGCCCAAGCCAGCAAUAGAAACGCCGCCGCAUCUGCAGAAGUUAAUCGCACUUUGCUCCGCCUGCGGGGGGGUGAUGCAGCAUCGUAUGACCCACCCGCCAGCCCUGCGACGAGUCUCGCUGGGAGUGAGAGUACAGCGGCCUCCGCCUCGCUGCCCGCCCAUUUUACCUCUGCAGCGGCUUACUUCGCCGAGAGAGUCGCUCCAACGCAGAAUCCCGAGCGGCCGAUCGCAGAACAUUGCGUCACUAUCUAUCCACGGAGUCAGUCUAAAGACUUUCCCCGUCGUCCGCGGUGUUGGAAUACGCGGACGGAGGACAUCACCCAGCAGGACUGGGACAUGUUCCUACGGUGUCUUUUCCCCCCACAUCUUGGACUUGCGUCGUCGUCUUCCGAACUACCCCCUCAACUCAGAGCCGAAAUCCAGCGCGAUCGCAAGGAUCGACCUCAGGAGAGCGAUGCGGAUCGCAAGCGGCGCAUUUCCGCAGUGAUCAUGGAAUGGAAUCAAUACUUUUUCGAACCACGGUCAGCCCGUGUGAUGUAUAACUACGUGCUGGAUCCUCAACGGACGCCACGAUCGUCUCUGUGCCCUAAAUGUUAUCCCGCUGCAACAAGCCGCACCGGACAGGCUGCCUCGAAUGCCGGUCGAACUCGUCAGCAGGAACCGAAUGCGCCAUCAACAACCCCAGGUCAGGUUGCCGCCGCUCCACCAAACGCUACACCUAGUCCCGGACCCUAUGGUUUCCAGCCCUACCAGCCUCCUCCAGUGCCUGGACCCUAUGCCGCCCCAUUUGGUCCUCCUGCUUUUUACAACCCUCCCGGUGUCCUUCCGGUCCAACCUCCUGUGUAUCCUUACGCCGCUCCGCCUCCGCCUCCACCGGGACAGUAUCCACUACCAAAUACGUGGGGUUGGAAUGCGCCCCCAUAUGGUUAUACCGGUCAAAUUCAGGGCCAAUCAAAAGGCGGCCCUCUCGGGUGGAUAGCAUCACUGGCUUCCCAGGCCCAGAGAUACGGUGAACGCAUUACUGAACAAGCUGCGCAAUAUGGUGAUCACAUUAGCGCACAAGCCCAGCACUACGGUCGGCAAGUCGAAGAACAGGCUAUAGCUCAUAGCCGCUGGUUGGAGGAGCAAGCUGGCCUCUCAGGACGGAAAAUGGGCGACGCGUUUACUGGGUUCAGCGGUCGCCCGCAGAACGAGUGGGGUGCGAGCGAGCCCCCGAAAAUCGGAUACUACAACGCACCCUAUACCCAGCCCACCGCUACCCCGACGGAGACUACAACGGGCAUCAUCACAAACCAGCAGCCGGUCUCAACACCGCCGGAUCGCACGCGGCGGGCAUCCGUGAGCUCAGAAGCUUCGGAUACCUCUUUUUCAUCGAUAGAUACUUUUUCAACCACUUCCGAACUCAGCGCGUCCGAUCUGGCUACCGUCCGCGCACAGCUGUUGUCAUUGGAUGACUACCAUGACCGAGCUCUGUAUGAGCAAGCCGUGGGCCUUCGCCGCCAACUCGAUCUUUUGCAAGAAUCACGACGGCAAAACCGCGUUUCGGGCCGAAGCCACUGGCGCCACGGCUGGGGCCGAUGGGAAUCGCCACAACAGCAGCAGCGGAAACAGGCCGAGAAGCGCGCCGUGAAGGAGGAAACGCGAGCGACGCGCAAGGCCUUCCGGGAUGUUGUACGGCGGGCCCGUGAGGAACAGCGGGAGAAUCGACGGUUGAAGCGGAACCGUCGCCGCCAGGAGCAACGAGCGCGACAGACGUCCGAGACUGCUUCGGAUGCGGCGUUGGAGCAGCGCCUUCAGACUCUCGAGUUGGAGAACAGCCUCGAGGCUCCGUCGACGGUCCAGUCGGCUGCCUCGCUUUCACCUCCGGUACGGUCUGCGGCCGAGACGGAAGCCAGUGAGAUCAGCUCGGUUCGUGCACCGAGUACGGAGUCAUCGCGCGAUCUGAAGGGAAACGAAGUUCGGCGGGACGCAGAUUAG